AGUGGCGGAGAGACAGAGAGGAAGAAAAGGAAUUAGAAACAUGAGGCGUGCGUGCGUGCAUGCAUUCUUGUGGAAACAGCGAACAUUAUUCUUCCAAAACAAACCCAACUUUCCUAUUUUCGACUCCUAAAAAUCAUCCUUGAAUCUCUCUUUUUCCUCCGCUGUUUUUCGUUUCCAUGUACAUACUAUUUUUCAUGAUUUUAAUCUUCUUCUUCUUUAAACUCUCUCUCUCGUCAUUUUUUGUUUUCAUAUUUAUCGAUGAUCUUUACUCUCGCGCCUUUAAAUUUGGUAUACGAAAAGGGGUCUGACUUGGGAUCGGUCAGCGAGAGCUAGUUCAGUAUACACAUAAAUAAUGGCGGGAGAAAGUGAAGGUGAUCGUACUGAUAAUGACGGAGAAAGGAUGAACGAAACGACAUCACCUAAGAACAGGGUGAAGUUCCUGUGUAGCCAUGGCGGGAGGAUCCUCCCUAGGCCUACCGAUGGUCAGCUCAAGUACGUUGGUGGUGAGACACGUGCCAUCGCCAUUCCUCGCGAUACAUCCUUCUCAGAGCUAAUGAAGAAGGUAGCCGCAGUGUUUGAUGCAGACACGAUCCUCAAGUACCAAGUAAUCCCAGAGGAUCUUGAUGCCUUGGUGUCUGUUAGAUCCGACGAGGACCUCAAGCAUAUGCUCGAUGAAUAUGAUCGCCAUGAAAGCGAAGCGACUAUGAGGCUCCGAACCUUUUUGUUCCCAUCCAACCCCAUCAUGGUCGACAACCAAGCCACCUACCCUGAACCCCAUGCACUGGAGCAGCGUUAUGUUGAUGCCAUCAAUGGCAUUAUCCGCACGACCACUGCUUCUACACUCACUUCUAUAAAUGCAAAUCGUGUCCCCUUUACUGUCUCUGCUUGCUCUUCUCCCCAUUGUUCUUCCCCAAAAGCCCAAAAUGUUGAUCCUUUGUAUGACACCAUCUCGUCAAAUGGCUACCAGCAGAAUGGUCUGGUUUCUAUGCAUAAGGUCCACAGCUCCCCUAGCCUUUGCAGCCUUAACAACUUCCAGAACCAUAGCAAUGGCCUUGGUAACCACCACUUGUGUCAGCACCACCACUACCAAUACCAUCCACACCACUAUCAUGGCUGUCAUCAUCCCAGACCACCAAUCGAUCCUCAUAAUAAAGUUGGUGGUGGUGAAAUGUUCGCUCGAUCUUUGUCAUCAGGUAGGGCUGAUACUAGGAGGAGCCUGAUGGGUUAUGGCAUAAACAACUAUUACCCACCAAGUAGGCACCGAAGAGAGGGUGGAGGCUGCAGUGUGUGUGGAUAUGAAUGCGGGUUCUAUGGGUGUGGCGGGCUCGAGAUAUCAGGUAUCGGGAGUAUUACUCGGAGUCCAAGAUAAACCAUUUCGGGAGAGAAGAAAGGCAUGAAGAUGAAUGGAGGUCAAGCUAUCAGAAGCGAGGAGACAGGACCUUGUAAAUAUUGUUAUAGAUGAUUAUAACCAUUGGGCAGGCUUGAAACUUAAAAUAGAUCAUACUCAAUUAAGCUCAUGCGUGUAAGCUUUAUGAAGAUAUUACGGGCAGGUAGGCACAUAUAAAAGAACAAACAUUGAACGACAA